AUGGGUAAGAAAAAGAGAUCCCAGGUCUUUGUGCUCAAGCCGUGGUGUUGGUACUGUGAGCGAGAGUUUGAAGACGAUAAAGUCCUAUUGCAACACCAAAAGUCGAAACACUUCAAAUGCCAAUUAUGUCCCCGAAAGCUGAAUACGGCGGGUGGUUUGAUGGUCCACAGUCAACAAGUCCACAAGUGUGAUCCUGAGCCCCUCACCAACACUCUGCCUGGACGUGAUGGUUACGACAUUGAAAUCUUUGGUAUGGAGGGUGUGCCCGAUAAUGCCCAGUCGGAAUGGAAGGCUAGGAAGGAGGCGGAGGCUGGAACAGCCCUUCUCGCUGCUGCAGCGGCCGCGAAAAGGCCCCAAAACAUCUAUGCUGUCAUCCCGGAAGCCGACCUGCGAUCGGCAUUGGCCCAGCACAAAGUUCUCAUGGCAAACAGAAACAAGGCUCCUUCAGCACCGUUACCCUUCCCUCCUCUUGCCGGCGCACCUCCCCCAUUCCCUCCUCCUGGAUUCCCUCCGGGAGCUUUCCCGGGUAUGCCACCUCCAACUAUGCCUCCUGGCACGCUCCCUCCAUUUGCUCCUUCGGGUAUCCGCCCACCCUUCCCUCCUCCCCCCGGUCUGGCUGGUAUGCCCCCUUAUCCCGGUGCAGCCAACUCCCCCAAUCCCCUUCCCGUCCCACCUACCCCGUCCUCCUUCCCACCAGCUGCCUCUGGCCCUGCUUUGUCUUCGCCCGCGCCUGCUAUCCCCGUUCAACCGCCCAAGGACGGUGUGAUCUGGCCUGAUACGACUGCUUCACCAUAUGAAAAACGUGCCCAGCAACCUAGGUACAGGUAUACUUCACCAACGCCGAAAGAGGGAGAUGACGAUGGAAGCGGUAUAGGCAAAAAGAGGAAGGCUGCCGCGGACUUUUUGUAA